UAGUCCUACAAAAAAAAACCACUGACCUAAACCUUUCUUAGUUCAUUUGGCCUAGCCUUACAUGACCCAACUCAUUAUUAAACCCUAAACCAUACAUUACCUAACUUGGCUAAACUGACAAAACCUAAUUUAUCUGAAUUGCCCUAAAGAAAAUUAGCUUAACUGAAACUGAACUUUCCGAGCCUAUCUAAGUUGAAAGAUCCCAAGCACGCGGUCGACGGUAGCUUGAAUGAAAGACUGAGGUUAUAAGGACAUAACAUUUUAUCCAUAUAGUGUAUUAAUAUUGUUCGCUGUAAAUGUUAUUAAUUGAAACAAAUUCCAAAUUAUGAUCACAAUUAAAUAUAUUAGGUGAGCUCUUCCCUCAGUUUUACUAUAAUUUACAAGAAAGUUUUCAGUAAUAAAUCGACAAAUCAGUUUGUGCCGCAUCGUUGCAAUUCCAUGAUGGAUAUUAGUGAUCGUCAAUGGCUAUUGUCGCUGCUGUUGUUUGCUGCUGCGAUGAGUUCAGUCACAGCGGCCGCUUUAACACCCACUUCAGGCACGUGCGAUUCAUCGCAGUUUCAAUGCGACAACAAACGCUGCAUCCGCGCGAGUUAUAAGUGUGAUGACGACAACGAUUGCGGUGACGGCAGUGAUGAACGAAAUUGCACGUGCGAUUCAUCGCAGUUUCAAUGCGACAACAAACGCUGCAUCCCCGCGCGUUAUAAGUGUGAUGGCGACAACGAUUGCGGCGACAUGAGUGAUGAGCAGAACUGCACGUGCGAUUCAUCGCGGUUUCGAUGCAACAACAAACGCUGCAUCCCCGCGCGUUAUAGGUGUGAUGGCAACAACGGUUGCGGUGACGGCAGUGAUGAAUAUAAUUGCACGUGCGAUUCAUCGCAGUUUCAAUGCAACAACAAACGCUGCAUCCCUGCGAGUUAUAAGUGUGAUGGCGACAACGAUUGCGGCGACAUGAGUGAUGAAUUCAACUGUAUGCACGACUCGUGUCCUCGGAACUACUCGCGCGUGGGCCGCAAGUGUCUGCAUGGCGUCGCCGUUGCGCGGUCCUGGCAAGAUGCGGUCGUGGAGUGCAGGUCGCUUACGGGGCACCUCGCAACCUUCGACUCGGUCCAUGAAAUAACUUUCGUACUGAGACGUCUUGCCACUCACGAACCCUCAAGCUUCAAUCUGACGUUCCCAGUAUGGAUAGGAAUUUCAGCCUCACGCAACAUCAGCGUAUCAGACCGUCACACGCUGCACUGGCAAUGGGUGUCUGGCAAGAUUGAGCCUUAUCCAUCACCGCUGCUGGAGAGCUUCCACGAGCUGCGUGAGCGAUGCGGGUACCUCGCUUCGGCUACAUCGGCCAUCAUCAGCCACACGCGCCACUGCGCCGAACUGAAGCACGCGCUCUGUGAGACAGCGCCUCUGUGAGACAAGGCCUCUGUGAGACAGCGCCUCUGUGAGAGAAAGCCUCUGUGAGACAGCGCCUCUGUGAGACAGCGCCUCU